AUGAUGAAGACUAUGCUGGCGCAGUGCUUCUGUGUUCUCGUUGCUUGCUCUCCAGCACUUUUCCUCAAAUGUAAUGGGGACACAAUUCAGUUGAAGCUCAUUAAUGAUAGCCUGCAUUUACUACAAGACAUGGGAGGCAAAUUUCCCAAUCACUGUAUGAAAGAAGUAACGGGGCUCAGUGUGCAGUUUAGAAGUCUGAUACACGGCAAAGAGGAAACAGAUAUUCUAUGGACCAUUCACAAUACAUUAAAACUUGCCAGCAACCUCUACAACUCCGACCUGAAAUCAGUGGAUUGGGAUGAGUUCAAAUUGAAUGAAUUCAAAGAUCUACUUUACCGCCAAGCAGUCGAAUUUAAAAGGGAUGCUCUUGAAGUGACAAAGACACACCCUGUCAAUGGCACACAAAAAAGAAAGAGACGACCUCGUUUGAGGAAGUAUUUCAAGACGCUUCGAACAUUUCUACAACGCAAGGAACACAGUUUGUGCGCGUGGGAGGUGGUGAGGAACGAGCUACGGGAGAUUCUUCAACAGCUCGCGAGUAUCUGCAAUGAAACCACAAGGCGAAACUAA